AUGUACCUUUAUACAAGCUUAGCAUCAAUCUGUUUUAUCGUUACUGGCUUAGGAGCUAUUGCAAUAACUCUCAUUCCUUCUCUGAUUCCAGUGUUUUUAUCCGAAGACCAUUCACCGUACUACGGAAGCAUUCCGUUCAGCGUAUCUUAUCAAUUGAGUAAUGGAACAGUUGCAGCUGGAUCGAUUUCUGACAGUCAACGUGAUCAUCUCCAUAAUCAGCUAUUGAAUCUGGCAAUAAAAACAGUAAGCAUCAGUAUAAGUUCAGCAUCGGUUGUUGAUCAAACAAAAUCGACUCAUGCAUUGGUUCGUCGUCAAGCAAGUUCACAGCAAAUACUUCAACUCAAGGGAAUCGUUCAGGCUCACGAGGGAUGUUUGAGAAAAUGUUUAGUAGAUUUUGUCAAACAAUUCAAAUCUACACUUUGCACAACGCCUUUGACAUUGUCACAAUAA